AUGGCAUUGAACGAUCUCGAGCCCAGUAUUACUGCUUCAAGCACAUUUACUCAGACUGGUGCAGAAUACAUGGAUCUUAAAGAAAUACACAAAGAUAAAAGUAAAACACAAAGUGCUGAUCAAGCUACAGAUUACGCAGCUCUCCAUCCGUCAACUCGCUCUUGGGAAGUGGAAAGGGAUCAUGUGACGAUCGAAAAAAUAAUUGGUAAAGGUGCUUUUGGUCAAGUCGCUAAGGGAACGGCACCAGAACUUCAGGGGAGACGUGGAACUACUACAGUGGCCAUCAAAAUGCUAAAAUCAAACGCUGCUGAGUCAGAUAAGAGAGAUUUCAUGAAAGAACUUGCAGCAAUGAAGCAGCUAAAGCCACAUUCUCACGUCAUUAAACUUCUAGGAUGUGUUACAGAGUCCGAACCACUGCUGGUUUUGAUCGAAUAUGUUCCUUUUGGAGAUCUGCUGGGCUACCUGAGAAAGAGCCGUGGAUUAAAUGACACUUACUACAAAGACCCGGAUAUCAAACCACAAACAAAUCUGACGUCACAGCAGCUGAUGAAGUUUGCUUGGCAAAUAGCAGAUGGCAUGAGUAACUUAUCUUCAAAAUCUAUAAUUCACCGAGACCUUGCAGCCCGUAAUGUUUUGGUUGGAGAGAGAGAAACGUGUAAAGUGACAGACUUUGGAAUGGCCAGAGCUGUCCAGCAGGAAAAUAUAUAUGAGCGAAAGACAAAGGGUCGUCUUCCAGUAAAGUGGACUGCUUAUGAGGCGUUGUUGUACGGUACAUAUACCACCAAAAGUGAUGUAUGGAGUUAUGGAGUUGUGCUUUACGAGAUUUUUACCAUAGGUGGUUCACCUUACCCAAGAAUGGAUGGAAGAAAAAUUGCAAACGCACUUCAGGAGGGAUACAGGAUGCCUAAACGUCAACACGUGGAUAAAAAAUUGUAUCAGAUCAUGAUGAAAUGCUGGAAAACUGACCCGGAUGCAAGACCAACAUUCACUGAAUUAGAAAAUCAGUUGAAAGACAUGGAAACAAUGCCUAAGAGACUGAUUAAUAUGAAAAUGUACGACAAGCAGCUGUAUGCAAACGUCAAGGAUUUGAUAGCGUAG